GUCUGGAAGAUGGCAGAGAAGUUGGGCUUCUUCUGAUGAUAGAUGAUCCCGAGCAGCUUUCCAGGAGGUGCCAGGCCAGCCGGUGGUAACCUGAGCUACAGGAAUUAUCCACUGCUUUACCACAAACCUCCUAAUUCAUGAGCCAGCAGGAUGAGGUCGCUGUGCUUUCAGAACGUCUUCUCAUAGCUGCGUACAAAGGCCAAGCAGAGAAUGUGGUUCAGCUCAUCAAUAAGGGCGCCAAGGUAGCAGUGACCAAGCAUGGCCGGACACCUUUGCAUCUUGCUGCCAACAAGGGCCAUCUUUCUGUGGUUGAGAUCUUACUGAAAGCUGGCUGUGACCUCGAUGUCCAGGAUGAUGGAGAUCAAACUGCUUUGCAUCGGGCUGCGGUGGUGGGGCACACUGAUGUGGUCUCUGCUCUCAUUCAGGACGGCUGUGCUCUGGACCGCCAAGACAAGGAUGGAAAUACUGCUCUGCAUGAAGCCUCCUGGCAUGGCUUCAGCCAGUCAGCCAAGCUGCUCGUUAAAGCAGGAGCCAAUGUGCUUGCCAAGAAUAAGGCGGGGAACACUGCUCUACACCUGGCCUGCCAGAACAGCCAUGCCCAGAGCACCCGUGUCCUCUUGCUGGGUGGCUCCCGAGCAAACCUCAAGAAUAAUGCAGGUGAUACCUGUUUGCACAUAGCAGCACGCUACAAUCAUGUGUCCAUCAUUAAACUCCUGCUUAGUUCUUUCUGUUCUGUCCACGAGAAGAACCAGGCUGGAGACACAGCCCUUCAUAUUGCUGUGGCCCUAAAUCACAAGAAGGUGGUAAAAAUCCUCCUGGAAGCAGGAGCAGAUGAAACCAUUGUCAAUCAUGCAGGCCAGACUCCGCUGGAGACUGCCCGCUACCACAAUAACCCAGAAGUCGCUCUUCUCCUCACCAAGGCUCCCCAGGUCUUGCGCUUCAGUCGUGGACGAAACCGAAGGAAAAAGAGAGAAAGACUCAAGGAAGAGAGGAGGGCUCAGUCAGUGCCAAGAGAUGAGGUGGCCCAAAGCAAGGGUAGUGUCUCCGCAGGAGACACUCCUAGCAGUGAUCAGGCUGCUCUCAGAAAAGAAGUUCGAGAAGAUGUUCUGUCGGCUUUUCCAGACUCCCAUGCCAAGGAGAACAAACGGAGAAAGCCAAGGCCCAAGGUAUCAGCGUUUUCUGACCCCAUCCCUCCGGCAGACCAACAGCCGGGGGGCCAGAAGAGCUUGCACAUUCAUAAUCACCAGAAGAAGAGGCCCAGGCAUCAUUCCUCACCACCCCCUCCCCAUGAGUACAGAGUGUACCAGCUCUACACUCUGUACCGGGGCAAGGAUGGGAAAGUAAUGCAGGCACCAAUAAAUGGAUGUCGGUGUGAACCCCUAAUCCAUAAGCUGGAGAACCAGUUGGAAGCGACAGUAGAGGAGAUCAAAGCUGAGCUGGGGUCCAUUCAGGAUAAAAUGAACACCAAGCUGGGCCAGAUGGACAGGAAGACCCAACAUCAAAUGCGUGUUCUGGACAAGCUGAUGGUUGAGCGGAUUUCAGCAGAGAGAACAGAGUGUCUGAACCGCCUGCAGCAGCACUCGGACACAGAGAAGAAUGAAGGAGAAAAACGACAGACGUCCUUGGUGGAUGAGUUAAAAACCUGGUGCAUGCUAAAGAUUCAAAAUUUGGAGCUGAAGCUUUCUGGAGAUUCUAGGGUCUCUAGGGUCAAGUCUAUACCAUCUACUUGUGAGUCCUCAACAGGUGUGGAUUCAUCGAUGGUGACUGAUGGAGCUUCUGAUAGCUCCCCUCAGGUGGUGAGGCCCAAAGAAAAAGCCCCCAACCCUACUGUGAUCCAUGGACUUCAACCAGAGCUGUCUUCUUUGGAUUGCCCGGGCUCCUGGCACAGAAAUGUGCAGGUGCAAACCAUCCUGCAUACCCAUAAAGAGGCAACCAGAAGGGACCAGCAUGUGGGAUCCUGUGUAGAUAGAGGCAUCCAAACCAAGAAAUCUGGGAAAAGUGGGCACACAAGUCAUCAAGCCCAACCCUCAGCUCCCACUCCCUCCUGUGGGCAGCCAGCACUGGGCACUGAGCAGGCCACUCCUCACAUUCAGGACACCUCACAAGCACUGGAGCUUACCCAGUACUUUUUUGAAGCUAUUUCCACACAGUUGGAAAAGUGGUACGAAAGGAAGAUUGAAGAAGCACAAAACCAAGUCAGUCAGAAAGCCCAGCAGGAGAAGGUGGCCCUGAAGGAACAUGUUAAAAGUUUAGAAGAGGAACUUGCAAAAUUAAGGACCAAGGUGCAGAAAGAAAAUUAGGAGCCUGGGAAAAUAAAUCUUGUUGAUUUCCAGUUCUUGCCACUGUAGAAUAACUUUGCCCAUGGUUUCAAAUUUUUUUAAUGACUCCUUUUAGAACACCCCAGCCAUUACUUUUUCUAUACUCUGACAUUAUGAAGUCUUGGCAAUUGAAGUGAAAACUGGAGAGCUUACUUGGUUUCAGGUUUCAUUCAUUACAAAUUCCAAACCUCAGCUCAAGUUCAUUUGAAGUUCAAAAGCUCACAGUAAAUGAACCACACACAUGAAAAGCUGAAUUGUGG